AACACUCCCUCCCUCAUCAGCUCCAUUUUUUUCUUCUUAUUUGUGCACUUGUUCCUCCGGAGACAUCCUCUGUGUCUGUUGUUUUUAGCAGGCGCUGCUGACAGAUAAGAUUGAUCUCGCUUACCUUUACCUGGAAAUAACAGAAAACCUGUCUUCUCGUUCUUUCGGCUUCAUUUCAAGAGCAGGAAAUCUUUCUGUGUAAGCGUCUGAGGGCAGAGAGAAUAAGAAGCCGAAUAGUAAAGCCCUGGGGAGAGUAUUUCUCCCCCAGCCCACAAUGGCCUUUCAGCCAACUUCCUCGGUCCACGCAUGACUGCCACCCCCCCAAAAACACCAAACACAACCCCCUUCCUCUUCUUCAAGCAACACAAGCCCCAGAUCCAGAGCGGCGCAGAUGGAGGAGACCGAUAGCCGGAGAGAUCGGCUGAAGCUCUCCAGUGAGGACUUGACUGAUCCCAUCAACCUCGAAGACUCCCAUUAUACCCUGCUGCAACUCGAGCUUGAAGCCGAUGCCCAGAAUUUGGAGGCAGACUCCUGGAGUCUGACCGUGGACCAGAACUACCUAAAGAACCUGAGCAAAGAGGAAAUAAAAAGACAAGACAUCAUCUAUGAAUUGAUCAAGACCGAGGUACACCUCGUGCACACCUUAAAAAUCCUUCUCGGGGUCUACAUGCACGAGCUGAGGCAGUCCCAGCUGAUAGAAGAGGGUCGGCUGAAGAGGCUCUUCCUGGGCAUCGAACCCCUGCUCAUCGUCCACAAGCACUUCCUCAAAUGCCUCAAAAUGUGCCAAAACCAGAGUCAGGAGGAAGGAAACCCGAUUAUCUACCAAAUACCACAGAUACCAAAUGUCCUCAUCUCUCAGUUUUCAGGUUCAAUAGGAGAUCGGAUGGUGGAGUGUUACGGGAUGUUUUGCGGCCAUCGCUUAGAAGCCGACCGCAUCUACAAAGAGCUGAUCCAGAACAACAAGCGGCUGCAGGCCCUCGACAGAAAAAUAGGUCAGCUGCCUCUGGUGCGGAGGAUGGGAAUCUCCGACUGUUUGCUGUUGGUGACUCAGCGCAUCACAAAGUAUCCCGUGCUGGUGGAGCGACUCCUACAAAACAUCGACGCCGACACAGACGACCACAGGUCUCUCAGCGAAGCCUUGGAGUGCAUCAAAAACACCAUCGCCCAGGUGAACGCUGAGGUCAAAGACUGUGAGAAAGCUGCUCGUGUGAGAGAGAUUGGUUAUCGCCUGGAUCCAAAAUCUGUGGGGCGGCUGAACGGAGGCGAGGUCAUCCGCAGGGAGGAUCUGAUCCAGGGCAACAGGAAGCUGGUGCAUGAAGGCGCGGUCACCUGGAAGUCAUCUGGUAAACAGAAAGACGUCCAUGCUGUGCUGCUGUCAGAUGUGCUGCUCCUCUUACAAGAGAAAGACCAGAAGUUCGUAUUUGCUGCUGUUGAUAACAAACCUCCAGUCAUCUCCCUUGAAAGACUGAUAGUCAGAGAGGUGGCCAUGGAGGAGAAGGCCAUUUUUCUCAUCUGUGCACGCACCGUCGGCUUGCCGGAGAUGUAUGAGAUCCACAUGGGCUCACGAAAGGAGCGCAUCACGUGGGAGGCCAUCAUACGAGAAGCGUUGGAACGUCAUCAGGAAGAGGUGCAGUACAACGAAAUGAUCACUACUCUGCAAAGGUUUCAAGUUCAUCUUAAGGAGAGGGACGACCGCAUAAAGGAAAGUCUGACAGAGAAGCAGCAGCUCUUUGCUGCUCUCUAUAAGCGCGUGACCGGGCAGGAAACCCCUUAUGAUGGACUGCAUCUCGUAAGAGGCGCCAACGACCUCCAGCAGUGGGAGACGCUGUUGAACACAGCCAUAGACGAAGUGGAAAUCCUGCAGAACCUGCUCGCCUUGAAGACGAGUAACACAAACGCUCCCGUGGAUGAGAGUAACGCACAGGGAGGGCGGGUCAGGAGGGCCCAGACCUUUGGAGAGGCAGAUAGUAAAUCUGCAGCUAGCACUUGGAAAUAUGGCAAAGAAGCUGAUGACCUCGAAAAGUUCAGUCCUCCGAAUAUAAGCCACAGCUUUAGUGACCAGCUGCUGCAGGGCUACUUCUCCGAAGGCCCAGAAGAGUCUGCUGAUGGAGAACCCGACAAUCUCUCGCUGUUACAUUUCCCCGAGGCUGAGAUUUAUGACAGGGUGAUGAUGCUCGGGCAGAGGCUGUACAGCUUAAAAGCUGUCAUCGUUCAACAGGACAGCCAGAACGCGCUGCAGCACGCUUUCCAGUCGCAGAACCAGCGGCCCGCUACCUUCAGCAACGCCUUGUAUGAGUACGAGAAGCAGCGCAGCUUGGAAAAGCAGCGGGAGGAACUCAACAGCUUGAGCAAGCAGCAGGCGCAGCUUCGAGAGGAGCAGCAGCACUGGGAGAAGGAGAAGGAGCGGCAGAGGCGCCAGAUGGAGGUUCAGGAGGCUCAGCUGAAGCAGAAGGAGGAGGAGUGUAGGAAGUUGGAGGAGAAGCUCAGCGAGGAGAAGGGCGAACUGGACGUGCAGAAAAAAGAAUACCAGCAGGACCUGGAGAGACUGAGGGAGACCACAAAAACACUGGAAAAAGAAAAGGAGCGUUUGGAUCACGAGAUGGAACGUUUGGAAAAAAUAAAGAUGAAGUACAAAACAAAUAUCGGACAGCCAAACUACGACGAUCCCGCUCAGUCUGUGAUGUACUCGUCAUUCAGGGGAAGCACAGUGAACGGAGGCACUCUGACCUUAACGCCCUCCACAAAACCGCCCGAUUCUCUGGAAAUCCCCCCAAAGGUUCCACCGCGCAGGGAGAGCAUCUGCAUACACCCGGCCAAACCCAGCCUGCCCUCCAACCUGGUCAGCACCACCAACCAGGUGCACAAACCUGUACCCGUGCAGCAGAAGAUCCCCAAAAAACUGGCUACUACCAAGGGGAAGGACAAAGCCUCCAAGAAGCAAACCCACAAGAGGGCCCAGAGCGCAGCCUCCAUAGACCUGAGCGAGGUGGCACCCAUCCAGGUGACGGGGAAAGAAGGAGGAAGUCUGAGGUCCCAGAGGAAAACCAGUCCUCAAAGGAUCAUAAAUACAGAUACUUUCAGUCCUCCAGCAUUUGUCCAGAAUGUGAAGACUCCUCAGAACCUCAAUAGACGGAGGAGCAGCGACACUUCUCCACCAGCUCCACCUCCUUUCCCCAAGGACAUUGCCAAACAGAAAAAAGAGAAGGAAAUCUUUCUUUAACCAUAAACUUCAGACCAUUGGGCGAGUCUGGAAUCGCAGACGGAACUGUGAGAAGACUUCAGGAUGACCGUGUGUGUGUGUGUGUGUAUAAAGAAAUAAUUGUAAACAAAGCAGAUGUUUGAUGAAUGUAUACACCGUCCUGCUAGAGCAUGUUGGAAGAGUGAAGACGUUUGGCCUCGUUUGUACAUUUGAGAAAGAUCUUAUUUUGUAUUUUUAUGGCCAAAAAAAGUGUUCUUUUUUUUUUCUUUUUUUUUUUUAAUCAUUUUUGUUUUAAAGUACGAUCUGUAGCCAUGUAACACUCGUGUCUUAAGCUCUUGCUUUUAUAGUCAACGAUGGUGUGUGAGAGUGAGUGAGCAGUAUAUCUGACAGAUUUACCUAUUUAAAACUGAACUGUAAAGCAUUUUAUUUUACUUUUGUUUGAAUGAAUCAGAUAUCAAUGAUUUUUAAUUUUUUCUUUUUUAACCUGCUGAGCAUGUGUACAAAUUAAGUGUGUGUGGAAGUAGUGUGAGCGCACCGUUAAACGAACAUGAACAAAGACUCAGCAGGUUGCAUCCACAACACUUACAACUCUGUUAAAAAAAUGUUCUGGGGAUGUGAAAGAUUUAACCUCAUGUGCCUGAUUUUCUCUGGUAGAAGUACUCACUCGUCUUUGUUCCAUGUAAAAUAUUUAACAUGUUGUGGAAUAAAAGCAGGCUGAUUUUACA